CCUUCGCGGCAGCGACGUCGCCGGCGCCCUUCAGCGCGGACGGAAGAUGGCGUCCGCUACCCGCGUUAUUCAGAAGCUGCGGAACUGGGCAUCUGGGCAAGAUCUGCAGGCGAAGCUGCAGCUGCGCUACCAGGAGAUCGCCAAGCGGACUCAGCCUCCUCCCAAGCUCCCUGUGGGCCCCAGCCAUAAACUGUCCAACAAUUACUACUGCACUCGCGAUGGUCGCCGGGAAGCUGUGCCCCCCGCAAUCAUCAUGUCCUCACAGAAGGCACUGGUGUCAGGCAAGACAGCAGAGAGCUCAGCUGUGGCAGCCACUGAGAAGAAAGCAGUGACGCCUGCUCCUCCCAUGAAGAGGUGGGAGCUGUCCACAGAUGAGCCUUACCUGUGACCCUGUGCCCACAUGCCCAUAGGCUACUUGGCCAUGUCCUCGGCCACCUGACUGCUUUUCCUCCUGGAAUUCCCUCUGGGGAGACUGUGACCUAACUUAUGAAAAAUACAUGAAGUUCCAAAUCA